AUGACAAAGGCGGAGGAGAACGUCAUCGACACAGGCGCGCAACCAGAACCCACAACGACAGCUCCCAACUGGGACAGCGACCCUGAAAAUCCUCGAAACUUCACUCUGAAGCGACGAGUAGCCUCAACCGCGGCCGUCAGCUUCUUAGCUUUCGUCAGCACGCUCGCAGGCUCGAUCUACGCACCUUCCCACGAUGUAGUCUCGGCUCAGUUCCAGGUAUCUGAUGAGGUUGGAAUUCUCCCACUCGCGCUCUUCAAUGCAGGGUUGGCAUUUGGUCCAUUGCUGGGUGCACCGCUGUGCGAGACUUUUGGACGGAAAGUGGUCUUUUUGACGACUACGCCGGUUUUUGCGUUGUUUAUUCUGGGUGCUGGUUUCUCGCAGAGUAUAUCCUCGCUGGUAAUCUGUCGGUUCUUUGCGGGCGUCUUUGCCUCUCCUGCUAUUAGUAAUGCCUCGGCGACGAUCACUGAUUAUACAGCUGGGAGGUACCGUGCUAUUUCACUUGCAUUCUACUAUUCUAUCCCCUUCUUUGGAGCUGUUUUCGGACCUUUGCUUGGAGGUCUGAUAGUUGAAAGUAAGGGCUGGCGUUGGACUCAAUGGACAACCUUGUUCUUCAUCAUCGCUUUCAUCAUCCCGGUACUCUUCACCAAGGAGACGUACAAGAAGACGAUCCUUGAACGACGGGCCAGGAGAAACGGUGUACGAAUUGCUUCACCACACAGUCAGCAGUCCGUCAUCAACUCAGCCAGGUAUUUUCUUACUACGCUGUUUCUGCGACCACUCCACAUGCUCUUUACAGAGCCGAUUGUCAGUUUGAUUUGCCUGUACAAUGGCUUCAUGUUCGGCUUAAUGUAUACUUUCGUGGUGGCCUCCCCAUGGGUCUUUGAGCACUACUAUCAAUUCUCUCGAACAGGUCAAUCACUAUCUUUUCUAGGACUCAUAGUUGGAACACUACUUGCACCACCCAUCCUCAUCACUAUCGACUUGACAAUGUACCAACCACGUCUGAAGCGCUGGCGCAUGACACAGCAACCGCACAGCGCAUCGCGUUUUCCGCCCGAGAAUAGACUCUUCCCAGCUAUCAUCGCUGCACCGAUCCUACCUGCUGCGCUACUACUGUUCGCAUGGACAUCGCGUUCAUCAAUCCAUUACGUCGUCCCGAUCAUCUUUCAAGGCAUAUCAAUCCUGGCUUCCCUGCUCAUCUACGCUUCUGCCAACCUGUUCAUGUUGGAUUCAUACGGACCACUUUAUGGUGCCUCGGCCGCUGGAGCUGCCAUGCUCAGUCGGUACAGUCUCUCCACUGCUUUCCCACUGUUUGCGCUUCGGAUGUAUCAGAGCUUAGGAGUGGGCUGGGCGACGACGAUUCUGGCUUGUUGCUCGGCGGCGAUGGCACCUAUACCGGUCUUGUUCUGGCGGUAUGGUGAAGGGUUGAGACGACGGAUGAGGUAUGAAAGUAGUGCUUGA